ACAAGAAAAAAAAAACCUUAAGAUUGAUCAGAGAAGGAUCUCAAUCGACUCUUCAGUUUCGUUCUCUUUGAUUUCGAUAGAUUUCGCAUUUGCUUCUCUCACCAAUUCCAAAACUUCUCAAAGAACAAAUUCAUAUGGUUUCAUCAUAGUUCAAACUUCAAAACAUUAUUAUCAUCGUCUUCGUCUUCUACCCAAAUGCCACAGUGAAUAAAAAGUCUGACUCUUUCAAGCUUCGUUUCGUGAUCUCUCUCAUGGCGAUACCUUCAUACCUCUCUCCAAAAUUACCUUUUCACCCUUCGACUAAACUCGUUCCGAGUCGACUCACCUUCUCCUCCUCCUCCUCUGUUUGUUGUCUCUCAGUAGACCGUCAAAUUAACCACUCCUCCGUGUCCAACGAAAUCUCCGGUUUACGAGUUGUCAUAUCCGCCGGAGGCACAGCCGGACACGUCUCUUCGGCGCUAGCAAUCGGAGACGAGCUUAAAUCCGCCGACCCACUAUCUCAAAUCCUCUUCAUCGGAUUCCCAAACAGCAUGGAGAGCACGACGGUCCCUUCCGCCGGAUUCGAUUUCUCAGCCAUCUCCACCGUCGGAUCAUCAUCUUCCCGACCAUUCCUAUGCUUCACCUCUUUCCUCAAAUUCCCUCUCCGCUUGAUCCAAUCAACCUUCGAGUCCUAUAAAAUCCUCCGCGAGUUCAAACCCCAAAUCGUCGUCGGCACCGGAGGACACGCUUCUUUCCCGGUUUGCUUCGCCGCCGUGAUCUCAAGAACCAAAUUCGUAAUCCAGGAACAAGAUUCAAUCCCUGGAACCACUAAUUGGAUUCUCUCUUACUUCGCCGACACAAUCUUCGCUCCUUUCAACUGUACAGUCACAAACCUCCCCAAAAGAGUCGCAGCCAAGUGUGUCGUUUACGGUAACCCUAUAAGACAAGCGCUUAGAAGGUACUCGUCGAAAGGAGCGGCGCGUGUGAGCUUUUUCGGACAGUGGGCUGGAGCUGUGUCGGAUGCUAAAGUUGUGCUUUUGCUUGGUGGGUCUUUAGGAGCCAAUGCCAUUAACAUAGCUUUGCUUAACUGUUACUCGCAGUUGUUGUCUGAACAUGAGAACUGGUUCUUUGUUUGGCAAACUGGUGUUGAAGCUUUUGAUGAAAUGGAUAGUCUCGUUAGAAGCCAUCCUCGUCUCUUUCUAUCUCCGUUCUUGCGAUCGAUAGGUGUAGCUUAUGCGGCUGCAGAUUUGGUUAUCUCUAGAGCCGGUGCAAUGACUUGUUCAGAGAUCAUGGCAUUAGGAAAACCUUCUAUUUUGAUACCAUCACCACAUAGCGAUGAAGGGGAUCAAAUAAGGCAUGCUUCUUUAAUGGCGGACAGUGUGGGAUCAAAGUUAAUAACAGAAGAGGAGCUAGAUUCAAUCACUCUUCGAGCUGCCAUGGAAGAUAUUCUAGGGAAUGAAGAACUGAUGACAGAAAUGAGCGAGCGUGCAUUCAAAUGUGCUAAACCGGACGCUGCAUCAGAUGUUGCUAAACACAUUAUUUCUAUUAUCAAUUCCAAACAUAAGUAGGUCAAAAUAUAUGUGUAUGAUUGAUGAGAUUUUGAAGUAACUCUCAUUGAUUUGUGUUUUUUUUUAACUCCACAAGUUACCGAUUUCGUGGAUAUGUUAUAUAACAUCACUUCAGAAAACAACAACGAAGAUACAAAAUUUUAUGAA